CAUCUGUGAUAUAACACUUCCACGUUUUAUUGUUUGCCAAACAAGCAAUGCACAACUAUAAAUACCCCAAACCUACAAAGAUCAAAAUCAGCUAAACAAUCUUAUAAGUUUCUCAUCAAAAUUAAUCCAAGGCAAAUGGCAGAGAACAAGGUGGUUCUGUUGGAUUUCUGGCCAAGUUCUUAUGGAAUGAGGGUGAAAAUCGCUUUGGCAGAGAAGGGCAUCUCAUACGAGUGCAAGCAAGAAGAUUUUCAAGCUAAAAGCUCUCUGCUUUUAGAGAUGAACCCAGUUCACAAAAUGAUCCCUGUUUUGAUUCAUAAUGGAAAACCCAUAUGUGAAUCACUCAACAUCGUUGAGUACAUUGAUGAAGCUUGGAACCACAAACCUUCCCUUCUACCAGCUGACCCUUACAAGCGAUCUCAAGCCAGGUUUUGGGGAGAUUACAUUGAUAAAAAUGUAUACAGCAUUGGAAAGAGAGUGUGGACAGGAAAAGGUGAAGAUCAAGAAGAGGGCAAGAAGAAAUUUAUUGAAUGCUUGAAGAUUUUGGAAGGAGAGCUUGGAGACAAGCCAUAUUUUGGUGGUGAUAACUUUGGGUAUGUGGAUGUGGCUCUUGUUCCGUUCACCAGCUGGUUUUACACGUACGAGACAUGUGGGAAACUGAGCAUAGAGGAAGAGUGUCCCAAGCUUGUGGCUUGGGUCAAGAGGUGCAUUGAAAAAGAGAGUGUGAGGAAGGCACUCCCUCACCCUCACAAGAUCUAUGAGUUUGCCCUGCAAUAUAAACAGAGAAAUGGACUUGAGUAAAGAUUGCUGCUGAUGAAGCAAACUCUGUGUUCCGUGGAGAAUAAUACAUUAUGAGUGUAAUCUCAAUAAUGUAAAAUUUGCAUGUUUUGUUUUGUUUUGUUUUUCCCACAUAAAACAUGUUCUUACUAUGUCUAUGUAACCGUCUUCCCUGGGCCGAAGUUUCUGUCAUACUUCUUAUCAA